GAUCCCCCCGGAAGACCUGGAGGAAGUGGCUGGGGGGAGAUGGAAGUCUGGGCAUCCCUGCUAAAGCUACUGCCCCUGCCACCCGACCUCAGAUAAGCGGCCGAGAGUGAACCAUGCUGCUUCAAGCCCAGCGCGCGUCAGUAUUCACCUUCCAGUCGGCCGUGCACAGCGCUCACGUGCUGCAGUGUCUCGACGAGCAGCGGCGGCGGGACGUCCUGUGCGAUGUGACCGUGGUGGUGGAGGGCCGCGGCUUCCGAGCCCACGCCGCCGUCCUGGCCUCGUGCAGCGAGUACUUCCACGGCCGCGUCGUCGCCGCCGACUCCAAACUCAAUGCCGUCGUCGCCCUCCCGGAUGAGGUGACAGUGCAGGGCUUCGAAGCGUUGCUCCAGUUCGCCUACACAUCCAAGCUGCUCUUCACCAAAGCAAACAUCCACGAGAUUCAAAGCUGUGCCAAAUUCCUGGGCUUUCGCAACCUGGAGGCGGCAUGCUUCGAUUUCCUCAUCCCCAAGUUUUCCGAACGCAAAGCGCAGGAUGUCAAGCCGAAGGUCUGCUGUCAGGGUCGCGAGGAAAGGCUGCGCAGCUCGGACUUGCGAACGGACCUCCCGCCUCUCUUCCCUCCUGUCGCGCCGCCUCCGACUCGCGACUUGUGUUUGGAAACCUGCGGGCCGCAGAUGGCUUCCUUAUCUCUGGAUUUGUCGGCCAACGUUGUGUGUCCGAUGUUGUCUCUUCCCGAUCCGGACGAAGCGGGUCGUGCCUCUCGGAUGUGUGCGGAAGACAUUUUGGCCGUGGAGGACGUUUGCGGUCCGAGCCAGUUGGGUCUGCCGGAGUUGCCGUGCGAGCUGUCGGCGGCGGAGCACGUGGAUCCGCGAGACCUGAUCGAGCCCGGGGAGAGUCUUGACGUGGACUGUGGCCUCGCUUCUUGUCCCGGUGCCGAAGGUUGCGCUCAGUUAUUAGAGAAGUCGGGCAAAGAUGAGGGAUUUUCUGAGAGGAGCAGAGAGGAAAGGGAAGUGGCCGAGCAUCUGGCCAAGGGAUUUUGGUCAGUCCUGUGCGCGCCGUCUCAGCCUCAGACUCUCCCCCCCUUGGAUCAGAACAAUCUUGAGAAGGCCCCCUCGGACUUCCAUUGGCUCAAACAGCUGGACCUCACCUCCAAUCCGGCCGACUGUCCUUUCCUCAGGGAACUCGACGCGGGUGACGAGCCAAAAUCGCGCACCGACACGCUGUCCCAGUCAGAGAAGAGCCCCUGCAUAUCCUCAGUCAACUCGGCCGAGGACUCCGAUAUGGACACCGACGGAGAUUCGGAGGCCAACAGCAGGAGAGCGGCCGAGAUUCAGCUGCCGUUCCCAGUGGAGAACAUCUCCACCCUGAGCCGCAGCGCCUUCCAGCAGCUUCUCAAGCACCAUCCCAUGACUCCCGAGCAGCUGGAGUUCGUUCACGACGUCCGCCGUCGGAGUAAAAACCGCGCGGCGGCGCAGCGGUGCAGAAAGAGGAAGAUGGACAGCAUACAUCAUCUCGACUGUGAAAUCAAAACAUUAAAGAGCGAGAAGGACAAGCUGCUUCAUGAGCGCGCAGAACUGGAGCAGAACCUGGAGGAAACCCGCCAGAGUCUCUGCAGGCUGUGCAAGAGCGUCAGCGCCGAGCCCACCUCAGAACAGGACCACCUGCACUUCCUGGCCAAGCUCUCGGCGCCGGAGUUCCCCUUGUCGCCGCACCUCGCUGAUAAAGAUGCGUGAAGCCGCAUUGAAAAGCAGUAAGUUUAGAGUCUCCGGGGUGGACGUCCUUCUCAUUUCCAAUCAUUCAUAUCCGGGGAAUUGCCUUUUUUUGUAAUAACAAACUGUAGUUAUUCCCACACGGAUUUUGCUUUUGCUGCAUUUUAAAUGAACACCAACAUGCGUGUGAAUUUUACUGUAGAAUAGUUACGAGCGUGCUAAUAACCGUACAAUAGGCAUCUGUUGUUUAAUUUCUCAGGAAAAGACUCAAGCUGAUCCCUACACCCGCACGUUAACUGAUCACCCUUAAAAAAAAAAAAAAAAAAUUGUAUUACUGUCCAGUGUUAUUUUAUUGUACCACUAUGCUGUGUCACUAAACAAAUAUGCAAAGCACUAACUGAACCUUUUAUGUUAGAAUACUGUCACUGCUAACACACAUUGUUGGUAGUAUUGUUUAAAAAAAAAUGCAUGGCUUGAUGAGAAAUAGUUCUUCGUACCUGAAAAUGGGUACACGAGAGAAAAAGAUGCCAUUUAAUGCAAAUUGUGCCUUAUCCAUUUUUUUUCCCUUGAAAUUCUAAAGCACUGUUGCACAUUAACUCAGAGCCUUUAUUGACAUCUGCAUACGGAGUAUUUUUUAUCAAAUGCUUUCAUUUUAAUAAAGCUCUUUUGUGUACAAGUUGCUCCUGUUAAAUCUAAAAAUGUACAGUAGCACAGCCGGGCCUGCAGGUGGUAGUGCAAGUCAACUAUUCUAUUAAUAAUUGACUGAAACGUAUUCAAGUGCAAGGAUUGUAAGUUAUAAACAUUGUAAUUCACAGUGACAAAAGAAUUCCUCCAAACUAUAUAUUUGUAAAUAUUACACAAGGCUGGUACAUUGUGAUUUUCACUGGUCAUUUUAAGGAAGUGAAAACAUUGUAACCUUUUGAAAAUGCUGACAUCAGAACAAACUCAGGCAGGAUUGGAAAGUGAGAAGUCAAAGUACAUUCCGCUACACUAUGGUCAAACUCCGAAUCAUCGCUCAGGAAUAGUUAGUUCAAUGCAGAAGGAGUCUUGCCAACAAAUGUCGCAAUUUAUUGGCAUGACAGUAGCUUUACUUGUUCUAUUAUUUUCGAUGUUUCGGAUUUUAUUUAUGACUGGCUGUCAUUUUUUAAAAGGCAACCAGCCAAAUAAGUCAUGACAAAUAAAGCAGCACUGAAAAAAAAAAAAAACAAUCAUUGUACUAAAGCCUUUCUAAAAUUUC